GCCAAAUUUUAAAAUGAAUAUGAUAUUUAAUCAUAAAUCGGAAAAGGUAAUUAUGCAAGAGUAUUUUCAGCUAUACAUAAAACUACUGGUAAAAAAUUUGCAGUUAAAUGUUUUGAAAAAUAAAAAUUAGAAUCAUAAGAUAAAGGAAUGCUUUCUCUAUACAAUGAAAUAAAAGUAAUGAGAAAUUUAACAGAUCACGAUAACAUAAUAAAACUUAUAGAAAUGUAUGAAGGUUAAAACAACUUAUAUUUAGUAAUGGAAAUAGUUGAAGGUACAUCAUUAUAUGAUGAAAUAAAAAAGCAUUCCUAAACUCCUUUUACAGAUUAAGAAAUAAAAGAUAUAUUUAAAAUGUUAGUAGAUGGAAUAGUAUAUUAUUCUAAUAAAAAUAUCAUGCAUAGAGAUUUAAAACCUGAAAAUAUACCUUUUGCAAAAAAAGGUAAUUAAUAAAUACUAAAAAUAGUCGAUUUUGGAUUGGGUACAUUUGCAGAUGAAUCCCCUUAUAUGUUCCCAAAAUGUGGAACUCCCGGCUUUGUGGCACCUGAAAUAGCUAAUUUAAUAGAUAAAACAUAAAGAUAUUCAGUCAUAUGUGAUGUUUUUUCGGCUGGAAUAAUUUUUUAUAUAUUAUUAACUGGAGAAGCUGUUUUUCAAGGGCAAAAGUUUAAUGAAGUUUUAAGAAAAAAUAAAGAAUGUAUUAUAGAUUUUGAAAGAAAAGAACUAGAAAAUGUAUCUAUAGAUUGUAAAGAUUUACUCAUAAAAAUGCUCGAAAAAGAUCCUUCUUAAGCACAAAAAACUAUAUCAGAAGUAUAAGAAGAGGAAAACUUGGAAGGAAAAAGCUGCGAAAAUAAUCUGAGAAAUAAUCUGAGAAAAUUCUGA